AUGUCUAGAUCAGAUCAGCAAAUUAUUCAUCAGCAACUUCCUCAAUUAACAUUAUCCAUAGAAGAAACAAAAAUACUUGCAGAAUGUGAAAAAGAAUCGUUGAUAUAUCGAAGCAUUCCACUUGGACUAAUUGGAUUAUUUAUGACACAAUUUGCUAUUCAACGUAAUAUUUUAUCAGUAAAAAUGAAAUUUUUAAAACUUGGCUUUGGAUUAUUCUCCGGAUACAUUCUCGGAAAAAUAUCAUAUGCUCCCGUUUGUCGAAAGAAAAUUUUAAAACAAAUUCCAAAUAGUAAUCUGGCAUUGGCCAUCCAAGGUAUUGAUCCAAGAAUAUCGACACAAGAUUCCGUUGACGAUAAUCAUGAUCCAAUAGAACAUUUCGCACAAAAUGAUCAAAAUGAAGUUGUAAUGAGACCUCAAGAUUUAAAUGAUAUUAGUAGAUCUAGAACAGUUACAGAUAACGACAGUUUUAUGAGAAAUAGUUCUACAAGGGACGGAUCUAAAGGAAUAGCUCGAGUCAAUCAAUACGGUGAUCUUAUUUAUGAUGAACAAUAA